AUGACUCCGAACAAAGAAGAAUCAGUUCAUCUCAUUACAAAUAAUUAUCAAGAACAAUUAGUAGGAAUACUAUGCCAAGUAAAAUCAGUUGUAACAGAAUCACCAACACAAAAAAAACAAAUAGCUGUGCUUUGUCAUGGAUUAGCUUGUCAUAAAAAUUAUUUUAUUUUCCCAAGAAUGGAGAGUGAAGAUUAUGAUACUUUUAGAUUUGAUUUUUCUGGUAAUGGAGAGAGUGAUGGUGAAUUCUCGUAUGCUAAUUAUGCUAAGGAGGUUGAAGAUUUACACUGUGUUAUGAAUUACCUUAAAGAGAAAUUAGGUUACUUUAAAAUUUCAAUUAUUGGACAUUCAAAAGGUGGAAAUGUAGUAUUGCAAUAUGCUAGCAAAUAUCCCAAAGAGUUGCAACAUGGAAUUGUGGUAAACAUUUCUGGAAGAUUUGACAUGAGCAAAACGCCAUUACAUCGAUUUACAGAGAGUGAAAGAUAUCAAUUGGAAAAUGAAGGACAAUUCCUAUGGAAGAUUUUAACAAUAGAUCGAUCACUUUGUGUCAAGAAUGUCUCAAACGACAAGACAGGACAAGACAAUCAUGAAGAUGGCGAAAUAACAAGAAGGUGCUAUGUGACAAAAGAAGCGCUCAAAGAAAGAGAGUUAUUGGACACAAAAAUUGAAUUGAAUCCUCAGUAUCCAUUAAACAUCUAUUCUGUGCACGGGGAUGAAGACGAUGUUAUUCCUUUUCAAGAUAGUCAAGACUUGAAUGAAUACUUGUUGAAACAGAUGAGAGAAAAGAAUUUAGCAAAUGGUUUUUCGCAUCAAGUAAUUGGUGUUACUGGAGCAAAUCAUUUCUUUACUGGUCAACAGGAAACGUUAAUCAGAAUUUUGAGAGACCUUUUGAGCCAAAACCAUGAAGGAACAGCUGACAGUUGA